CACCUUCGCAACAAGUGUUAUAUUUCAUCAGACACAAGAGACGCGUGGAGCGGAAACUGCUGUUAUCAGAACGCUUCAGAGAACUACAGUUUUGUAUUUGAUAGAUAGAUUUUGCCAAAAUGUCGGACGAGAAUACAAAUCACGAUGAAAAGGUACCGAUUAAAGAAGCUGAUGCUGUAAAUGCCGAGAUCGACCUUGAUGACUCGAAAGCCAAAUUUCUGAAUGGCGGUAAAGGCAUGGACGAGUCCCAUGUCGAAAUUGAAGUUCCCUCUGAAUCCAACGAAUCGUUCUCUGGCCUAGGAAAAGAUGAAUUGAUGCAGUAUGUGAACGAUCCAUUUUGGAAACGACUCCGAAUCAUCUUGUUCGUACUCUUUUGGGUCGGCUGGUUAGCGAUGUUGGCGGCAGCCAUUGUCAUCAUCGUCCUUGCUCCUCGCUGCCCUUACCGCCCCGACCUGAAAUGGUAUAACAAAGAGGCCGUCUACAACGCAUAUCCGAAGAGCUUCAAGGACUCUGAUGGAAACGGAAAGGGAGAUCUCGGUGGUGUCCAGUCCAAGUCAUCCUACAUUACUGAUGCCGUUGGCGCUAAAGUCAUUUCACUUGGAUCCAUCUACAAGAAAGACACCGGAAAUGGCAUUAUUGAUCACAAGGAUGUUGACCCUACACUUGGCUCAAUAGAACAGGUGGAUGCCAUGUUGGCCUCGUUCAAGAAAUCAGGUGUUAAGAUUGUCUUGGACUUUGUUCCAAACCACACAAGCAAGAACCACACCUGGUUCUUGGAAUCUAAGAAAUCUAAGGAUAACAAGUUUUCCGACUACUACGUGUGGGCUGAUGUCAAGAAUGGCGGACCUCCAAACAACUGGAAAAACGUGAAUGGGGGACCUGCGUGGAACCUGGACUCAACCCGCAACCAGUACUACUUGUGUCAGACUGGCCCCGAGUACCCCGACCUCAACCUGGAGAACGAGGAUGUGGUGAAGGAGAUGACGGAAGUCUUGAAAUUCUGGCUUAGCAGAGGAAUUGGGGGCUUCAAUCUGAAGGAUGCCAGUCUGCUUGUGGAGAACCUCAACACAACUAACCCAGAUGAUGAUUCGACUCAUGUCAAUUACCAAGGCAGCAUCCCUGUGAUCCAGGCUUUCCGUGCCACACUCAACGCAUACUCCGACAAGCCUGGCAGAGAAAGGGUGCUGUAUGCAUCUAUCGCUGGCGCCACCAAGAACCAGACCAUGGCAUACUAUGGCACUGCUGACAAACCGGGCCUUCACAUAGUGGUCGGAAAUGGCCUGGUAUCGCAACUCUCCGCCUCCUGUAACGCAGCAUGUAUGAAGAAGGUGCUGGAUGAUGAGCUGUAUGAGGAUAAUGUCAACAAGUGGCUGGGAUGGAUGCUGAGCAAUGGGGAAAGCAGCCGUGUGAGCCAGAGAAUGGGUGUCAGAGAGGUUGCAGCCAUUGUGAUGCAGCUCAUGUUGCCUGGGACGCCCAUCAUGUACUAUGGAGAUGAGGUCGGCAUGAAGGACGGCACCUUCACCACCACGGCCAUCUCCGGGGUCAGCACAGAUACGAUGGAGUUGAGUAACAUGAAGUACCGCACCCCCAUGCAGUGGAAUGCUGGACCGAAUGCCGGCUUCACCGCCUCCAACUCCACACCAUAUCUGCCCAUUAAUGAUGGGUACAAAGAAAACAAUGUGGCAUCUGAACGAGCACACUUCAGGAAAAACUCUGUGUUUGAGAAGGUUGAUGAACUGAUGAAACUGCGUGGUAGUGAAUCCCUUCAGUUUGGUAAGACCACCACUGGCAUUGUCAGCGACAUGGUCUACUUCGUGCGCAAGGCGGAAGGCUUCCUUGGCUAUUUAGUGGCCUUCAACUUUGGAGCAGAUCCUGUCAGUCAUCUGUUUAAGGGGGAUCUGUUCUCGGAGACGGGGACUGUGAUGUUCCACUCGCACCAGGAGACCAGUCAGGAGAAGAUUGACAUCGGGAACACAUACUUAGAGUUACGAGGAGGGGAAGCAGUUAUCAUACAACUUGAUGGUUGACGACUGUAGACGAUGUCUUGUUGAGAUUUUAGAAUAUCAUGCUUAGUUCAACAACUAAAAUACAACCUUGAUAUUUUCCUUUUAUGAUUCACAUAUAUCAGGCUAUUCAUAUUUAAGUUGUAUUAACUUAUGUCCAGAAUUUGUUUAUGGCAUUUAUGUGAAUUUGUUGGCAUUAAAAACAUACAAUAAAUAUUGAUGAGAGAAAUAAAGGCCACCAUGUCCUGGUCUACUUGUUCACUCAGAACUAGAAGAUCCUUACAUGUUGUGAUGAGUGAGUGCCUUGAAACCCAUACCAGUUGUUUUGUGUGUGACAAGAGGUGUGAGAUACAACAUAUAUGCCUCAAUGUAUGUUCUUGUUAACAUUCCUGGCCAUUACAGUUAAUGAACAUACCCACCAGUAAAUGAUAUGUGAUCAGCGGCAUUUUAGUUGUUAUUUGAACUACCAAAACCUGAAAUCCAACCCAGAAUAAAAAACUUUGAAACCUA